AUGUAUCAAGAAGCAGGUUAUGGUGCUAAUUGGCAACCCGAAGCAAAUAACGCGAGGCGCAUCGAUCCGAAUACUAAAACAUAUGUUACAUUAGGUGGUCUUUUUGCUAUUGGACUUGUUUUGAUUGUUAUUGUCGUUCUAUCAUUAAUUCCACUUUAUAUGUCUCAUACUUCUUCAAGUAAAAAUACAAAUACAAAUACAAAUACUACUAAUAAUAUUCAAGUCUCACAAAUAUUUGUGAACUCUUUCAGUCUUCAAAUUCGAUCACCAUUUGAUGGUUUUAAUUCUCAAACGAUUCUUCUCGAAACAAAUAAUCGGCAAGCAUUACAAGCAGCACUUACAUCUAUGAUACAAAAAGAUUCACUAGUCAACGGUUCAGUUGUUCAUAUAAAUAAUACAUCAAUGAAAUCGAAUCGUCAAAUUCGACAAACAUCUAAUUUUAUUAAAAUAAUAUUUGAUUUAAAUAUCAUUAGCAGUAAUCCAUGUUCAAUAGCAUCGUGUUUGAAUGAUUUUCAAUCUCGUGUUAUUCAAUUAUUAUCAGGCUCAAAUAUGACAACAUCUAGAGUUUAUUGUGAACGAACAAAUUCGACAGAAGUCUAUUGGCUAUAUUUUCAGUUACCACAAACAAUACAACCAAAUUCAUCGUUAAUCUAUGCUGAUCUUAAUCAAAUAUCAUCGUUAUUGAAUCAAUUAUUGACGAUAGAUAAAAAUCAAAAUCAAAAUCAACAAACAAUUGAAAGUUCAACGUCGAAUUUAUUUGCUUAA